AUGGAUGAAGCGUUCGACCUCGACUUAGCUUUAACGAUGCCUGAAUUAGAAGAUUCAACAACAGAGCGGAAUAAGAGUGACCUUGAAGCUCAAUCAAGGGUGGCUGCUGCCCGGCUCACGGUGGAGAAGAUGCCGACUAUGGGUGGAGGCGGCGGUGAAUGCGCGGUCUGCGUAGAGGGCUUUGGGUCAGGCGGCGGCAAGCAAGUGCAUUGCGGCCAUGUUUUCCAUGAAAACUGCAUUUUAGAGUGGCUGUCCAUUCAUAACUCGUGCCCCUUGUGUCGUUGCAAUGUGCCCCACGCCUCUUGA